CACACACACACACACACACACACACACACACACACACACACACAAGGCUAGCCGGCCAGCUAGCUCGCUAGCUGCAUAACACUCAUCAGCGUAAGCAUCCCGUUUUCUCCAGAUAUCCACCAUGGAUUUGAAUAAUAUCCUGUCGCAGCUUGAGACCGCCGACGGGGAGGACAUCGACAAGCUCCUGCAGCAGUAUAACCGAGAGAACAGUCACACCUUCGCCUUUGAACAAAAGGAGGAAGCCCUGCGGAGUAAGCUGUGUCAGAGUGUGUUGACAGUCCUCGGGAGACAGGUGCAGCCCAGCUGUCAGAAGACAUGCCUGGAGACGCUCCGCAUCCUGUCCAGAGACAAGCGUGUCCUCGCUCCUGUGGCCACCAGAGAGGGCAUGCUGAUCCUGGGAGGGAUGGCGAGGCUGCACGUCGGAGAGGAAGGAGGCGACACGAACGAGAAAAGCUGCCAGGAAGAUGCCCAGUCAGAGGAGGAAGAGAGGGUGGUGGUGGAGGCCUUGAAGUGCCUAUGCAAUGUUGUGUACAACAGUCCUGCAGCUCAGCAGGUCAGUGUAGACGUGCAGCUGGCUCACGGUCUGUGUGCCAGCCUGCGCACCGCCCGCACGUGGCACCACGAGGUGGGCCUGUUCACGCUGCGCCUCCUCUUCCUGCUGUCUGCCCUGAGACCUGACGUGAGGGCCGUUUUGAGGAGGGAAUGCCACGCCCUGAGGCUACUGUCAGAGGUGCUGGAGCACACGCUGGAUGUGCGCUGGGUCGGUCCCUAUGAAGCCGCCCGUCCAGAUCCACAGGCCCUGCCGAUGCCUGCACAGGAUAAUGAGCGCGCGAUGGAGGCGCUCAAGGCCUUGUUCAACCUCACGCUGUCUUACACUGGUGGUGAGGAGGACGACCACCAGUUCAGACUCAUCGCUGCCAUCCUGCGUCAUUUGUUGAUGCUGAAGACAGAGACGGAGGACAAAACGGAGGAAGCACACAGCCAUGCCGUCAACCUGCUGAAUAACCUGCCUGUGUCCUGCCUGGACGUGAUAAUCGACUUGCCUGUCCAGGGCGGACAAGAGAAAUAUGGUGGGAAAAACAUGGAUGCAGUCCAGAAGUUACUGGACUUCAUGGAGAAAAGGAUUGACAAGCAGGGCUCCAACUACAAAGAGGGUUUGACUCCGGUGCUCAGCCUUCUGACUGAAGGAUCCAGAUACCACAGGGAGAUCCGCAGAUAUAUCAAAGCUCAGGUACUUCCCCCACUGAAAGAUGUGAAGAUCAGGCCAGAGAUCGGCACCACCACCAGGAACAAGUUGGUUCGCCUAAUGACACACGUCGACAUGGGUGUGAAGCAGACGGCUGCAGAGUUUCUCUUUGUCCUCUGCAAAGAAAGCGUAGACAACCUGUUGAAGUACACAGGAUAUGGAAACGCAGCGGGACUCCUGGUGGCUCGAGGACUUCUUGCAGGAGGGAGAGGAGAGACUCAGUACUCUGAAGAUGAAGACUCGGACACAGAGGAAUACAAAACUGCAAAACCCUUCAUUAACCCCAUCACCGGCCACGUGGAGGAGCCGAUGCCGAACCCCAUCGAAGAGAUGACAGAGGAGCAGAAGGAGUGCGAAGCCCAGAAACUUGUCAACAUGUUUGACAUGUUGUCAAGGCAGAAUGUGAUCCGGCCAAUGGGGGUCAGGCCUGAUGGGACGUUAGCUCCUCUUGAGGAAACUCUCUGUGAUCCACAUGAGGACAACUCAGAAUCGGACUCUGAUUAGCGCACUGCACAUCGAGGCCACAUGUUCCAGGCUGAGCUCACCAUGCCCCAACACAUCUAAAGCUGUGUCCCAUUUCAAGGUCUGGAUCCUUCGAAGGGCAGUGCCCAGGAAGGUGGGGCCUUCAGAGGAGCGAGGCUGAACCUGAGUUUACUGUCACAGAAAGAGCAGAAGUCAGUCAAAGGAGCUACAUGCUGUACUGAUGUCUCCCAGCUAAUCCCACUCUGUUAACUUAAAAUGGAUCGGAAGAUAUCAGUACAAUGUGUAGAUUGCCGGUCAAGACUACUCAAACCCAAAAUGAUGGACUAUCACCAGGAAGUUGCCUUAAAUAGAUUUAGGUUUAGAUAUUAGUAGUUUUGUUUAACCAACAUGGAACAAACUGCUAAAUAAAUAAUGCUAAUAGUAAAUAUGUCCAUAUAACUUGUGUUUAUCUGUAAGUUUAUGUCAGUCAUCCAUUAUUUAAAUGUGUGUUUUGGUUUAAAUUAAAUAUAUUUACAGUGACUGAUAAUCUGGCAAAUAUGACAAAAGUCACCUGAACACAUAAUUUUACAAAUGAAAGCUGUGCAAAUGAUUGUGGGAUACAGAGGGAGGUCUUUUUGGUCAUCUCUAAGAAGAACAUAGUGAGAUGAGUAAAGCUUCCUCGUCGGCCAAUUAUGACUUACUCUGUGUAGAAAUGUGACUUCUGAUCAUUCGGCCCUGAACUGGGACACAGCUCGACAUGUCACAGGACACUAUCGAGGCCCCGACGCAGCUGUAAGCCAAAGUGGACGUGGACAGAAAGACUCUGCAGUGGCAUCAUAAUGCAUAGAAGGCCUCCGUGGUUACUGUUGCACCUUUAUCUUUUAUUUUAUUGCUCCCUAAGUUGAGAAAAUAGAGGUAAUAAUAUAAUUCUGCUGGAUCGUGUGUUUCUCACUUGAAGAAAAGUUUUUAAAGUAAUUGGAUCUGAAUCAUUCCUUCACCUGUGCUUUUGUUUCUCACUUUUUUAAGUUUCUCUUUGCGUUUUUCGAUGAUAGUGCGCCUAUUUCUUGGUUUAAAAUCACGUGGCCUGUCCAGUACGGACCCUAGGAUUGAUGUAUAUUUAGAAGUCUGGCAGUGUCAGUGUGGGUAGUUUUUAACUUGCAGCUCACAGCGAGUCUACACGGGGGUUGUGUAAUUAUCGCAGAUGUUUCGCACCCGUUAGUUGCCAAGGAAACUUUCUGAAUUCAGGGACAUGAAACUUUUGAUUUAAAAUCAAGACUUAAGAUGGAAAGAUGCAACAUUUUCCUGUGGUGGGUGGGUGAUAGUUAACAGAUUGUUUCUGCCUCUUUUGGACUCUUGACAAAGAAAUGUGUAAACUGCAACAACUGUUUUCUUAUCCACGUUACUUUUGCCAAAAUCUGCAUGAUGUUGAAUCAAUUCUUGGUGAUGUGAUUUUUUUUUUUUUUCUAGAUUGAAAUUUUAUAUAAAUCUACAUAUAAAUUUAGUGUAUGUACUGUAUAAACUGAAUAAUAUUUCUUUAUGUUGGUACAAUUUAAUUUAACAUAAAAAAGCUGCCAGUCCUGAAAUCACAGAUCAGAUUCGGCCCCUGAACUGAAUGUUCUGGUUUAUUGAUGCAUUUGUUGU